AUGGGCCGCGGCCGCUGGCGAGCGCCGGCGCCCUGGUGUGGUGGUGCUGCUGUGGCUGCAGACGCGGGCCGCGCGUGCGGGCGGCACGGCGUGCUGCGCUUCCCGGAGCGGCCCACCACCAUGUGCCGGCCGCCGCUGCGCUGCGUGGACGGCUACUGCGCGGCCGAGGGCGCCGGGGAGGUGAUCCGGCGCGGCCCCAAGCACGCCCGCCACCCGCAGGUGCUCGACGACUCCCGGCACUAGCGCCGCGCCGCGCCGCCCCGCGCAACUACUCGCAUCCCCAAUGGCGCCACGCUGGUUAGCACGCCUCGGAACUCCUGCGCACGUUCCUCUGCCAUCGACUCUUCACUCCAUGAUAGCUACAGAUGCUAGUCUUUAGCAAUUCCUGAAAAUGAGAAGUGUUACCAAACACUAAAAAAAUAGUAAUUUGUUUGUUUGACGGAUGGUGCUGUAUAUUUAUGAACGUUUUCAAUCUGCGGUAAAAAGCGAAACCGAUCGCAAAAUACGAAAUCAAGCACACAGUGCGAAAUGGUUGUGAAUCUACAAAGUUGUUGCUAAAUUGCGUUUUAUGUUUUCCUUUGUGUUUGCUCUCUAGCUCUAAUAACAUAUCAAUGUUUAAAAACAUUUUCUUUGAGUGGCCGUAUUUGUUAAUUUAUAAUUAAGAUUUAACUGAGUAAACAAAGUAAAAAGUAAGUAGUAAGAACAAUUUUAAAAACAGAUCCUGAAAGCUUGAGCACUCAGGGUCAUCUCAAGGAAGCUUCCUCAGUUCGCAAAACGGAGAAGGUUGAGGGAAGAAUAGAAAAGCCCUACGCCUACGGCACACGCGUUAGAUAUCAUGCUUUUAUAUUUGUUAAAGAUUAUUACAUAAUAAUCUUAUUAUGCAAUAAUGCGAAAUAUUUAUGCGAAAUAAUUAUGCGAAAUAUUACAUUAGUUUCCAUUAUUUACUGAUUGUAAUGGGAAAAUCUAAAAUGUUUCAAAAUAUUUUUUUUUUCUGAAAAAUUCCUUUUUUAAUCAUAAUUUUCUCAAAAAAUGUUACAAAAUUCUAAAUAUUAAUUUUUAUAAUGCUAUAAAAUUCCAUAGCGUUUUUUUCAAAAUGCGAUAUUUUAAAUUUAAAGUGCUAAAUUCUACCUUCACUAAUGAUAAUGUAUAAUUAUGAAAAAAUAGUAAUAAAAACUAACUAAUUGAACAUAUAUUAUAUUGUUAAUGAUUACUUAGUGUUUUUGCUUCCUGUGCAAAACUAACCAAAAUGGAGUAGCGAGUUUUGCUGAUCAGUGUGGCGAUAAAAGGAGUUUAUGAAGAAAAAAUAAACGAAAAGAACGAAAACUGUUGCUGAAAUGUUUUAUUGAAAAAAGUGUUUCAAUGGAAAGUAUUAGCUGUCAAUUUUUAUUUAUUCAUUAUACUUAAAUAUGUUUGUCUUACUUUUGUGGUACGACUUAAGUCUAUCAAAUACUUUGCAAUAUUAAUUACUUUGCAAACUUCUGUAAUUGUUAAUAAAAAAUUCAUUAAAAAUGUACGAUAAUGGACAAAAACCCAACUUCAUUUAUUACAGACGAUCUUAAAACCCUUAAGAGAGCUUUGCCCAUGUCUCAUUUAUAUGGCGCAUAUACUAUUUCCAAGACGUACUCCGCAGCGGCACAUACAUUUCUUUUGUGAAUGUGUGUCAUUCUCAUGUUCAUUACAC